AUGGCGGUGAUCUGCCCUCAAGCUACCCCGGCUUGGAGCGCCCUUUCCGCCCAAGUCCUGACGAACUCUUUCCUGGGGAUCAGCUCUGCCAACACGCCGAUUUACACCCCACUGGGCGCCAACUGGACCUCCAACGUCACAGCUGCCGGACCUUUGGAGACAGAAGACUGUUUGUUUCUUGACGUAUUUGUUCCGGAGCAAAUCCUCGCUCGCGCGAACUCCUCUGGGUAUGGAGCGCCAGUACUAGUCUGGAUUUAUGGUGGCGGAUAUGUCGGAGGUAACAAAUACAACAACCCGGCCGGUCUGCUCGCUGAAUCUGGAAAGCUUGGUGAUGCAGAGGUCAUUUAUGUUGCGCUCAACUAUCGUCUGGGUGCUCUAGGGUUUACGAGUGGUCCAUCGUUUUUAGCUGAAGGCGGCGUCAGCAACCUCGCGCUUUACGAUCAACGAUUCGCUCUUGAGUGGGUCCAGAAGAACAUUCAUUUGUUCGGUGGAGACAAAGACAAGGUUACCGUAUUUGGAGAGAGCGCCGGUGGAGGCAGCAUCAUGCAUCAGAUCACUGCUUAUGGAGGCAACAAAGGACCUGCUCCUUUCCAACAGGCAGUGCCGCAAUCUCCUGGCUGGAUUCCCGUACAGUCGCAGUCUUAUCAAGAAAACAUUUACCAGAAGUUCUUGAAGCUGACGAACAGUUCUUCACUGGCGGAACUUCGUAAUCUCUCGUCUGAAGCUGUCAUCCGAGCCAACGCCCAGCAAAUUACAUACGAUCCGCCAUGGGGUGGCUACGUCUACGGCCCGGUCGUUGACGGUCUCUUCGCUCCUCUCCAGCCCGGCCAACUCCUCGCUCAAGGGCGCUUUGACAAGAGCAUACGCGUCAUGGUCGGCCACAACACGAAUGAAGGUACCUAUUUCACGCCUCCAUACGCGAACUCUACCGAGCGCAUUGCUUCUCAACUCGAAUCCACGUUAUACAACAUCCCUGAGUCUUCCAUCGACUAUAUCACGAACACACUGUAUCCUGCAGUCUUCGACGGCAGCCAGGGCUACACCGACAACUACACGCGUGCCGCUACCAUCGUGACCGAAGGUAUCUUCACCUGCAACACAAACUACCUCUCCACUGGCUUCCACAACAAGACCUACUCCUAUCUCUUCGCUGUACCGCCCGCGUACCACGGAUUCGACGUAGCCUAUACUUACUACACUGGCGGAGCUACGACCUUAUUACCGACUGGGGUGACGAACCGUACUGUUGCGGUUGCAUUGCAGGAGUUCAUUACGAGCUUCGCGAAGAACGGCGUGCCGGAGGCUGAGGGAGUCAAGAAAUUCGAGAUGUACGGGCCGGAUGCGAAGGUGCUAGAACUGAAUAUUACUGGUAUUGAGGAGAUCCACGAUAGUAAUGCUAGCAAGCGCUGCAACUGGUGGCAGAAGGCGCUGGUGUCGUAG